GGAUUGUUUUUUCAGGGACAUGGGAAACUCCUCAAAUCAGAGGUUUUCUGAUUUCUCACAGGAGAGAUGAUUGGCUCAUUUCACUGUGUAUUUUCCCCUUAGAACAUGACUCACUUUGAAAGAAAUCCAUCCAAAAGUGAAGUGUGAUCGCUUUCACGUGACAAGCAGGAAAGGGAUGACUCCAUUGGCCAUGAAGAUUCAAGUGGGGGAAAGUCGGCAAAGGCUUCCUCUUCUAGCAUGGACACCCUUCCCUUUAAGGGUUGUGUUGGUACUUUCGCUGUGACCGCGCGGUAGCCAGCGAGUCCCAGCAGUGAAACAAACCUUUCCGUCAAAGCUCCUGUUGAAUGGCUAUUUAGAUACCCCGUGGGUUUCUUCUGUAACCCGAAAAGUAGUUGCAAAGGGGGAGAACGAAUUUAAUUGUUUCAUAAAAAACCACUGCCUGGACAAAACCGCGGCAACAACAGGUGACAAAGAGGUGCGGCCGGUAUAUUGAUGGCAGUAUUUUUCUGAACACGACCAUCAAAUGGCAGGGUGGUGUCCUUUCUUCCAUGUGGCCGAUUUUGGCCAUUGAAUUUCAUGCCAGCAGGAUCCAGGAGUCUCCGUCUGUUAUGGCAAUGUUCGAUGAGAAUGUGGAUGUGGGGAACCUGCUGACCUCUAUUCACUUGGAUAAGUACCUGGAAGUCUUCAGGCAGUCUGGGUUCCUCCAGGCCAAAGACUUAAUUCAUCUCAACAAUGAGACUCUCAAUCAAUUGGGGAUAACUGCCACAGGCCACAGGAAGCGCAUCCUCAAAAUAGCAGCACAGAUCCGUGGACAAAGCCAGGAGCCUCUGUUCGACCGCUGCCAGUCCGAAUCUGCCAUCCACUUGGCGUUUCCAGGGGCACCGGGUGGGUCGGGACCUCCGUCUCCCCCAUGCGGGGUCCCCGUGUCCCUCGGUCAUCAUCGGAACAGCUCUGUCCCAAACCUUCCAUCAGCGAUUGCAAACUCUCACCCGAAGCAUAGUGGCGCACUGGUUAAGCCAGUGCCCAAGCCCAGGACUGUGUUCCACAAGUCCAAAAUGGAGCCUCUACUCUCCUGUCCAGCUCCGGAGUCCAGACUAACCAAAGGAGUGUCUCAGGAAUCUCUGUGCUUCAUGGUGGUGGAGGAUUUUGCUCCUGGAGAGUCCGACUUGGAGGACCCGGGUUCCGGCCUGAGGGGGGGAUCUUGUGAGAGGUGUUUGAGUAACUGUUCAGAGUCUGGCGGAGAUCUGCCCCCUGUGCCUCCAAGGCUCAAUCGGGGGAUACCUCCAGCCACUUUCAGGGUUCUAUCAUCACCCGCUAGGGAAGGUCAGAGCCAGUUUACCCCUCCUUCCGCCUCCUCCUGUCCCGGAACACCCUGUACCCAAGGGGAGCCUCCCUUCCUCCCUUCUACCAGUCCCCCUCACUGCCCCAUGGAGAUGGUCUCCAAUGAAAUCUACUGGGGCACUUUACUCGGCCCUGAGGCCCCUAGGGCAGAAAUAAACAGGAACCGCCCCGUCCCACUACCCCCUCCCCGACAGGAGCUCAACACCUCUAUGGAGAGAAACAGCACUUUAAACAACAGCCCACCAGAGACACCUGAGAGAACGCUUGGCUGCCGGGGAGACCCAGACGAGAUCAGCCCUUACUGUGAAACGGUGUUUCAGAACAACAAGCAGCUUGAAGACACCAAGGUUGCAAGGACCAGAAGUGAAGCAGGGACUGGGGCUCUGAAAAAAGAUGAAAGCACAAAAGGAGAGGAUUCUGGGCCGUCGCCCCCGUCCAGAACUCUACGUCCCUCUCUGCCCAUACACAGCGGGUCCCAGAGCUACUGCACAGUGGGGAACGCUGGGCGGUGCCUAUCCAUGCCCCCCAGGCUGUACCCGGGGGAGCUGGACGAGGACCAGACCAUCUCCCCCUACGCCAGCUACACCUCCCAGUCCGAGCGAGCCGCCCCCAUCAUCAGCGGCUGGCUGGACAAGCUCUCGCCUCAAGGAAACUAUGUGUUCCAGAAGCGAUACGUGAAGUUUGAUGGCAAAAAUCUGAUGUAUUUCAGCAAUGAGAAGGAAGUUUAUCCAAAAGGCGUAAUUCCUUUGGCUGCGAUACAGAUGGCCCGCACUGCCAAAGACAAUAAAUUUGAGGUUGUGACGAGCCACAGGACGUUCCUCUUCCGCGCAGAUAACGAAGCCCUGAGGAACAAAUGGUGUGGCACACUGCAGGAGAGAGUCAAGGAGCAGCUGGUGUUCGGAAGGCCAAGGUUUGGCCCUGGCAACCACUGCCAAAAGAGCGGCUUUCUGGAGCUCAAAGGGACCAAGUCCAAGAUCCACGCUGCCAUCUACACUGACCAAGUGUGGCUGUACAAAAGCGAGCAGUGUUUUAAGAAUGGAAUCGGGAUCACUUUGAUAGAGGUCAGAGGCUCUACCAUCAGAGACGGCAAGAGCAAAAGCUUCGACCUGAUAACUCCCUACAAAACAUUCAGCUUCACAGCCGAGUCGGAGCGGGAGAAGAAGGACUGGAUGGAGGCCCUGCAGGAGGCCAUCGCCGAGACGCUCUCCGAUUACGAGGUGGCUGAGAAGAUCUGGUCCAACCGGUCCAACAAGAUCUGCGCCGACUGCAAGGCCAUCAAUCCCGACUGGGCCUCCAUCAACCUCUGCGUGGUCAUCUGCAAGAACUGCGCAGGUCAGCACAGAGGCCUGGGAACAAUGGUGUCCAAAGUUCAGAGCCUGAAACUGGACACCAGUGUGUGGAGCAAUGAGAUUGUGCAGCUCUUCAUCAUGCUGGGCAACGACAGGGCCAAUGAGUUUUGGGCGGCGCGCCUGUCUCCGGCCGAAGAGCUGGACUGCGACGCCACGCCGGAGCAGCGGCGGGAGUUUGUCAUCCUGAAAUACCGCGAGGGCCGCUACCGGCGCCCCCACCCCGCCUUCAACACACAGGAGGAGCUCCUCAAGGCUCUGUGCACUGCCGUGAGCGAGCAUAACCUGCUGAAGACCGUCACGCACAUCUUUGCAGAGGCCGAGGAUGCCCACCUCUCAGACACUAACGGACACGACAAGCAUCUGUCCUCCGACUCGCUCGGCCCGGAAGCUACCUCAGAUCUAAGCUCUCUGGACUGGUCACAGAGUGUUUAUGAUGAAAUCACCCAGCCUGUGCUGCAUUCUGGGUAUCUCUACAAGUCAGGAUGCAUGAACAGGGGGACAUUAUCUCGGAAAACCAGAGAAGAUUUCCAGAAAUACUGGUGCUCGGUGGAGAAGUCCAUCCUGUUCUACGAGUCCGAACGGUGCCAUGAUCCCAGCACGAAGAUCGACAUUAAAGAUAUCAUCUGCCUGGGAGUCAGCCGACCGGAUUCAUGCAACAACACUGGAUUCAUCGACAGGUUCCGCUACACCUUUGAGCUGUACUUGUCCAACGAGAAGAUGUACCAGUUUGGUCUGGAGACCCCGGAUGCCCUCCACAGCUGGGCGAAAGCGAUUGGAAAGGCUGCCACGCCCCUGAGCUGCCACUGCCUGCUAGCGCGGGAGUUUGAGCGAGUGGGUGUCCUGCGCUACAAGGCCAUGCUGGACCCUCAGCAGUGGAAGGAGGGGUUCUUCGUCCUGCAGAAGUCCAACCUCUUCAUCUGUCCUCAAAACGAUGGGGCCGCUGAGGACAUCAUCAAUCUCAAGCGGCUACAGGAGCUCAGUAUCACUUCUGAGAAUGAAAGCCAUGAAAAGAAGGACAUCCUGGUGCUGGUGGAAAAAGGACGGACGCUGUACCUGCAGGGGGUGGGGCGGACAGAUUUCUCCUUGUGGUACACGGACAUCCAGACGGCAGCAGGAGGGAAGGGGAACGCCCUCAAGGACCAGCAGCUCAGCAGGAGUGACAUACCCAUCAUUGUGGACAGCUGCAUUGCAUUCAUUACCCAGUAUGGUCUGGGGCAUGAGGGAAUAUACAGGAAAAAUGGGGCCAAGUCCAGGAUCAAGCUCCUGAUGGAGGAGUUCCGCAAGGACGCCCGAAACGUCAAGCUGCGUAUUGGGGACAACUUUAUUGAGGACGUGACCGACGUGCUGAAGAGGUUCUUCCGGGAGAUAGACGACCCCGUAUUCAUGUCUGACCUGCACCCCUCAUGGCAGGAGGCUGCCAAAAUAUCCAGCAAGGUGCACCGCCUGGACAGGUAUAAGGAGCUGAUCCGCAGUCUGCCUAGAGUCAACAGGACGACACUAGCUGCUCUGAUUGGUCACCUCUACCGGGUUCAGAAGUGCGCCGACCUCAACCAGAUGUGCACCAAGAACCUCUCCCUGUUGUUCGCACCCAGCCUCUUCCAGACAGAUGGCAAAGGCGAGCAUGAGGUCAAGAUCGUCGAGGACCUCAUUGACAACUACCUCUACGUCUUUGAUAUUGAUGAGGAACAGCAGACCCAGAUUGAGCUGGAGAUCAGUCUCAUCACCACCUGGAAAGACACACAGCUGUCUCAAGCAGGUGACCUGAUCAUUGAAGUCUACUUGGAGAAUAAGAUUCCGGACUGCUGCAUCACCCUGAAGGUGUCACCAUCAAUGUGUGCAGAGGAGCUGACCAAUCAAGUCUUGUACAUGAGAAAUGUGCCAGCCGGAGAGAAGGACAUCUGGCUGACAUUUGAGGCCAUAGAAGAUGGAGAACUCGAGAGGCCAUUGCACCCCAAAGAGAAGGUUCUGGAGCAGGCUCUGCAGUGGUGUAAGAUGGCCAACCCCAGCUCUGCGUUCCUUGUGGUGAAGAAGGCACCUAGAGGAGAAGCCAUCAACAUCUUUACAGGCUACAAGAGUGAGAUUGUGAAGAAUGGGGUUCUGAAGUGUCGAGAGGAACACCCAAAACUUCUUCAGGGGAACAAAUUCCAGGAGCACACAUUCCAGAUCCGGGACCACAAGCUACUGCUGCUCAAGGAUAGGAAGACUAACAAGCCAGAGAAAGAAUGGCCAUUGAAAACCCUAAAGGUCUACAUUGGGAUUCGGAAGAAGCUUAAAGCUCCAACAAAGUGGGGGUUCACUGUGCUUCUGGACAAAGAGCAGCUGUACCUGUGCUGUGCCAGUGAGUCAGAGCUGUGGGACUGGAUGACUAAUUUCCUAAAGGCCCAGCACGACGAUCUGAGGCCUCCCGUGCUACGUCGCCACUCGUCCUCCGACAUCGCCAAGCAGAAGUUUGGAACCAUGCCCCUGGUGCCCAUACGCGGGGACGAGAGCAACUCCACCAUGCUCUCUGCCAACCAAACCCUGCGAAAGCUUCAUGCUAGGAGGACACUCUCCAUGUACUUUCCCAUGAAGGUGCAGCAGGACUUGUUCGAGGCACGGCCCGUGAGCCCGGAGCCCCUGUACGAGGAGGUGGGCGACUUCAGCCUGCAGGCGCCCAAGUCGCUGGAGACCAGCUUCCUGUCGGCCGGCAGCCCGGAGACCCGGGAGGUGGCGGAGCGGCCAGUCAGCCUCGGCCAGUGCAAGACGGGCUCCCUGGACCGCAUGAUCGGGCCCAACCCCGUGCGCCUGCUCGGCCGGGACGGGGCGCUGCCCCCCGCCGCCUCGCUGGACACCCUGUACCUGGAGGAGCCCCGCGACCCCCUGCAGAACCUCCCCAGGAGGAAGCAGCUGGGCCUGGCCAGCCCGUCCCAGGACCUGCUGCUGCAGGAGCUCUCCACAAUCUUCACCAAGAAGACUGAGAGCGAGGGCCAGCCGGCCAAAGACAACAGCCUCUGAUGCGCACUUCCCAGCAACAACCAGCACGAUGACCAAGCUUCAGCUCUCGUACAAGGCCAACCUGUACAGUCAUAUUCCUAAAAAAGACAAUUUAUAUGAUUGCCAGUGAAGUAACCACACCCUAAACUAAUCUGCAGGGACAAGGCUUCAACUCAAGCUAUGUUUGACAGGGAAUCAGUGUGUGGUCUGACAGUACAUUUCAUUGUGGUCACAAAAUGAUGGGCUUGGAAGAGGUCAAUAGUUUAUAUGGAGUGAAUUAAAUUCAAGAUUUCAGAUUCACCCUUGACACACCCUUGUUCUGCCAGUUUUGUUCAUAAAGCAUUAUUUUAAUAGUUAAACAGUUCUGAAAUGUAUUCUGAUUGCACUGAUGUUGGCAGGGGUUUGUUGGAUCGCUGCCUUUAUCCAGGCCGUUUCCAACUUGGGGAUUACUCCUUGUUUUUUCUCUUACUAUACAAUAUUAUUUUAGUAGUAUUAUGGGUAUUCACUCAUCUCUCACCUUGGGUGUGGGGCAGCAGAGCUGUUGCUGUAGGUUACACGUUAUGCAGUAUUGAACACAAGACACUGGCACAUUUUGUCUGGCUCAUAUUGUAACAUAUGGAAAGGCCAAUGUAUUUAUUUAUUUAUUGUUAGAAUACUCAGUGAAUUUUAAAGGAAGAACAGAGGAAUACACUGUGAAGGACAGUUAGACACUGAGACCAUACAGAUACAGUUUUUGGGCUGUUUAAAGCAUGUGUACUGUUAAAUGCUUUUUUUUAAAUCACUAUGACUGGCAAUGUUUGUCCCCAAUCGGUUUCAGAACGGAAAGACUGGAAUCCCAAAAAAUAACAAACUAAGUGCAGUCUUGUUAUUGCUGCCAGGAAAAUCAUGAUGCAUGUUCAACAUAUUCAGUACUUCAAGUUUUAUUUUAAGUUUUAAAUAUAAAUGGUCUCUACAGAUGAGCUACAUCUUCACCAACAGCUGGAAGAGACUGUUUUACUCUUUUACAACAGUAGAUGGCAGCAAGAAACCAGAGCCUUAGCCAAUGUUUUUGAACGAUUACAUUCCUUUUUUUUAUUACAUUACAAACAUGAGUUUUUAAUAUGCGUCACAAUAUUGAUAUUUCUUCUUGCUGAAUAGCUUGAAAAUUAAUUAAUUGUCCAAGUUUUCUAAAUUAAAAUGUAGAAUUAAGAACUUUUUGUACACAACACAACACAGACCACUUGCCUAUACUUUUCAUGUUAGCUUAGUUGUAAUACCAUACCGGAUAUGGAAAUAAGUAUAAAAUCCACAGAUGUCCUCAAUCCUAUUUUAUGCAGUAAACAAAUUCAGUCACCAAGUUUAAUACAAUGAUAGCGCAUCAGAGUGCUGCUUAAUGUGUCGACUGCCGAAGAGCUGAAAGAUGAGUGUAAGGUUGUACCCCAUAGAAUCAUAAAUAUGUUAGGUUUAUAAUCAUGUCAUUGAGAAGGUCUCAAUGCAACACUCCCAUCAUUCCUAGGUAAACUAUUGGAUUUUUUUUAAAGGAUGUGUCUUCUUAUUAACUUGUUUAUUUGUGGCUACUGUAUGUUUAUAUGUUUUUUCUCUGUAUGGUGCUUCAUUACAUGUACCACUCCUAACAAAUGUAAAUAUUGUAUAGCUCUUUACUGUGGCUGCCAUUUUAACUUUUUUCUGUUUAUUUGAGAAAGUGCAUCGCAAAUUCAGCAGUUGUUUUAGUAUUAAAUGUUUUAUAUAAAAAAGUCCUUUCCUUAUUUCCCAAAAUGUUAGGAAAAUACGUACUGAAAUGUUAACUGGAAAGUUGUAUAAAAAUGCUUUGUUGGUGUACAGUUCAUUAUACAAGUGGAAAAUUAAAGUAAAAUAGCCCUGC